AGAAAAAAAAGGAAAUGAAGAAAAAGCCUUCUUUCCCGAAGGUUGGUAGUGAAGUCCAUUUGUCUAUUCAAAUUUCAAAAACUUCUUCUCUCUGAUAACAGAGCCACCGAGCUACUGCCAAGCGGACUGCCGGCUGCCGCUGCGCGAAACCUCCUUCCGGAUUCCCGAUCAUUGAAUUCUUCACCAGGUAAUACUCUCUGCACCUGCUAUUGUUGCGUGAUUCUAAUUCGAAGCUUUCUUGAGGAAAAAGGUUUCCUCUUUUUUUCUGGUCUAUUCGUCGGUUAGGUUCGUUGUCUUUUCGAACUAUUUCACUCCCCCCUUUUUUCUACGGGAUUUUGUCGUGGUUGCAUUAUUGUUUUGGUAUCUGAAACAGUGCUAUAGCUGUUGUUGUUGUUGAGGGGUUUAAUAAGCGGGGAAGUCAAUUUGCUGCUUUUCUAUCUGGUAGAGAUGAGUUCUUGGUGUUCUUUUUACCCUUUUCGGUAAGGGUUUUGCUCGCCGAAGUUUGCACGGAGCAGAAGGUGGGCGGUAUUUAAAGAGUCAUCUGUAUUGAAAUUUGACUCUGCGAUUCUGGGGUCAUGGGUUUGGGAAGGUUUUGGUAGAAUCUCUUGGGCAGGUUCUCAGCGUCUGUUUUUGUUCUUAAGCAAUUCAGUAAUUUGUUAUUUUCUGGCUGAUGCGUAUAUAGCAAAUCAUGCAAAUGUUCCCUACCGAGUUCUCGUGAUGAAUACUCAUGUAUUUGUCUUAUGUGGAGGCCUUGAAGGGAUUGAUCUCCACAUGAGGUGAUGCUUGUGCUUUUUUGGGAGUGAUUGGACCACAAAGUUAAUCAGGAAGCAUAGAAUUAUGUUGCGAGUGGUUGAACCAUCCAAUUCUAUAACUAGCCGCUGAACUUGAGCUUCCGUAUCCUGCCAUUUUGAAAAGAUUUGGCAAAUGACAGUUGCUUUUAUAUUAUAUAAUUCUAAGAAUCACAAGUGCUAAUUUUCUGGUUUUGAGAAGUGUGACUUAUUCUUUGAUGGAAGCCUCUUAUUUCAAUGUCAGCAGUCCUCUGGGAAUAAUCCCCUCUUUGUUGAUUGCUUGGUGAUAGUUAGGGGGGAAAGUUGCAACUCUUUGGAGCACCCAAAAUCAAGACGGUCUGGAGAAGUUCUGAUGGAGCAGUAUGAAUUCCUGGAGCAGAUUGGGAAAGGUUCUUUCGGUUCUGCUCUUCUUGUGAGACAUAAACAUGAGAAGAAAAAGUAUGUGCUGAAAAAAAUCAGACUUGCUCGUCAAAGUGACAGAGCCAGAAGGUCUGCACACCAAGAGAUGGAGCUCAUAUCUAAAGUGAGAAAUCCAUACAUUGUCGAGUACAAGGAUUCGUGGGUAGAGAAGGGCUGCUAUGUCUGCAUUGUUAUUGGGUUCUGUGAAGGUGGAGACAUGGCGGAAGCUAUAAAAAGGGCUAAUGGUGUUCAUUUUUCUGAAGAGAAGCUUUGCAAGUGGCUAGUUCAACUCUUGGUGGCUCUUGACUAUUUGCAUGCCAACCAUAUACUUCAUCGUGAUGUCAAAUGCUCAAAUAUAUUUUUGACAAAAGACCAAGACAUUCGUCUAGGUGACUUUGGUCUUGCUAAAAUGUUGACUUCUGAUGAUCUUGCUUCUUCUAUUGUGGGGACUCCUAGUUACAUGUGCCCUGAGCUUCUUGCUGAUAUUCCUUAUGGUUCAAAAUCCGAUAUCUGGUCACUAGGUUGCUGCAUGUAUGAAAUGUCUGCUUACAAGCCAGCAUUUAAAGCAUUGGAUAUGCAAGCUUUGAUCAACAAAAUAAACAAGUCCAUCAUUGCCCCUCUUCCAACAGUAUACUCUGGUGGAUUCCGAGGUCUUGUCAAGAGCAUGCUGCGGAAAAAUCCAGAACUCAGACCUAGUGCUGCAGAGCUGCUAAGUCAUCCUCAGCUUCAACCACAUGUGCUGAACAUUCAUCUAAAGUUGAGCAAUCCCAGAAGGAAUACUCUGCCCUUCCGCUGGUCCGAUUCCAGUUUCACAAAGAAAACUAGAUUCGUGGAAGAAGAUUCCUGUAUGAUUACUAACACAGAGAAAAGGCUAUCAUCGUACAGCAACGACAGAAGCUUGAACCCUAGCAUCUCAGAAGCAGAACCAGGCUCUACUUGUUCUUCUCAGGGAGCGUUGGAAUCCCCAAGGCGUCUGAAUCAGGAGAAGUUCAGUAUUGCCCGCGAGGACAUUGGGAUUGAUAAACAAUUCCGUACUGCUACUUCUGCUGCUGCUGCUAAAACUCCAAGAUUCGUUCCCGCCAAAAUUUCUACUCCAAGGAGGCUCUCAGCUACACCAGCAAAGAUAACUCAUACGCGUGACUCGCUUCCAGUGAUGUGCUCCCAAUCGAACACACCUUCCCACUCCACGCGGAGAGCUUCUCUUCCAUUCCCCAACAAAACCACUGCCGUCUCAAGGGAAACUCCUUACAGGUCCCAACUCCGUGCCCUCCAUGUCCUGGAAUCGCCUGAUGUAUCAGUAAACGCUCCGCGGUUAGACAAGAUUGCGGAGUUCCCGUUAGCCUCCUCCGUGGGAUCUCUCGUUGUCCCGAUUUGCGGAACCUCAUCGACCUCAGCACAAUGCUCCUCUUCCUCCGCUGUGUCAGAGAGCAACAUUGCAGAUUGCUCAAUAACGAAGGACAAGUGCAUUGUCCAGGUGGUGGCCAAAGGCGUUGUCAGUAACAAUAGCCACGAAGUCAGGCUGCCAAGUGGUUCUGAAUCCUCGUCAGGGCAGAAUUCUGCUCCGACAAGGGUCACUACUACCACAACUGGGGUUCCAAGCGAAUCAUCAGGGGAAACGAGGCAGCGGAGGUUCGACACAUCGUCGUACCAGCAGAGGGCGGAGGCGUUGGAAGGGUUGCUCGAGUUCAGUGCACGGCUGCUACAGCAGGAACGCUUUGGCGAGUUGGCGGUGCUGCUAAGGCCAUUCGGACCUGAGAAGGUUUCGCCCAGGGAAACUGCUAUUUGGUUGGCUAAGAGCUUUAAAGAGACGACGGCCGUCUAAAGGUUUAUGGGCUUUUGGAUCAGCAUCUUUUUCUUCCGGUCUUCAAUCUCGAAGGCCGUUUGAAAUGUUUUCCCGGGAUGUGAACGAUAGUUCUAGCAUUUUACAUCGUUUGGCGCGGGUAAUAGUAAUACGAAUGGCUGGGAUAUUUCUGGCAUCUCACCUUCUACUUCUAGAAUUGUUUCCAGUUCUUGUUUUCUCAAUACUCGAUCUGUGAGUGUGACUGGUAUGAGCUCUUAAGUUGUUUACGAAGAUGGUGAUGGUUUAGUUAAGUACCCCCAAUGUUGGUGAGAUCGUUGAGGCGAGCUAUUACGCUGAUGUGCAUGAACAGAUCAUCGUACUCUUUGCUUAGCAUCUCACCUCCUCGGAAAGGUGACAUCCCAAGAAGAACAUUGGCACCAAGAUGAACGGUCCAAUGUAGCACUUUCGUAUCAUGCUGUAGUGUACACUUCCAUUAUAUUGUCGGGAUGAUCUUGUCUCUUCUCCCUAAAGUAAUCUUGGCACAUGCUGUCCAGCAAGAUCGAUUUAGGUAUGUAAAAGAAAAACCAACCUUUAUGUGAGUUAUGAUGUGGUGACUAAGGGCGUGUUUAGUCAUUUUGACUAAGUCUCUUCUAGUAUUUAGAUUUACAACCACCAAUUUAAUGGUUAAAAAAUGGGAAGAGUUUUUUAAUUAGUAACAGAGAUAAUCUUGGUAUUAUGAAAAAUUACGAGCUAUACAAAUCGGACUUACAAACAAUACAAACCAUACAAACUAGAAUGUCAAAACGUACAAGCACACAUACAAACAAUACAAAACAUACGAAGUAUACAAACAAUACAAAUUAGACUGAUCAAUAAUACAAAAUAAAAAAAAACAACCGGGUUGACUUUGCAGACUCCAUCCCUAUAUAGAGGGGUUCCAUCCCAAAGUCAAGCCGGUUGUUUUUUAGACAUACAACAUUACAAACAUAAUAGACAAAAAUGACAAACUAGACCGACAAAGCAUACAAAAUGGAAAAACAGUGGGGUUAAAUUUGGAGAAUCUGUCCCUAUAUAGAGGAGUUUCGCCCAAAAGUCAACCCAGAUGUUUUUAGCCAUAGUCGUAGUUUGGAGCUCUUACGGAACCUCCAUAUAAGUAGAAAAUAUUGUACGCUUUGGGCCUCGGCCCUCACGGUUUUUGACUUGGGGUGCAAUUCAAGUUGACUUCCCAUAAGGUCACCCAUACUUGUUGUACUCCACACUGAGCACAUUUAACUAUAGAGUUCUCACAAGAACUCCUCCAUUUCACCCAAAAGCGCGUCUCUUCCGUUAAGGCUGGUUUCUUACUUAUCAACCAUGGAUCUCUCCCGUGCUUUGUCGAUGUGGGAUUCACCUAAGCUGUUACAUACCCCCCCCCCCCCCACCCCCCGGGACUAAACGCCCUCGUGAGGUUUGCCCCACAAUCGUUCAAGAGGGACGCGGAGAGGCUCUGAUACCACUUGUAACAUCUCGAACCUUUUCCCGACGAAGAUAGUGUCCGCUUUGGACCUCGACCCUCAUGGUUUUUAACUUGGGUGCAAUUCAAGGUGACUGUCAAUAACCUAUUGAUCCCAAUAACUCGAUUUGUUGGGAGAGAUUCGAACACAAGACCUCCCGGCCACAACAGGCUCUGAUACCAUGUCAAUCACAAUACGAGAAAGUAAAAAACGCAAGAAUUUAAC